AUGUGCAUCCUGUCGAUAUAUUGGUGUAGCAAUCUCAUACAAACUGUGUACGACAAAUGGAGACGUGAUCCGGUAGUGGUUACCUUCGCGGAGAAACCGACCCCUAUCUACGAUAUUCCGUUCCCGGCCGUUACUAUCUGUCCGAUCACGAAGGUAAAAUCCAGCAGGCUCAACUUUACCACUGUCUAUCAGCGUGUUAUACAGGGAGGAGGAAGUGUUACAGAACAGGAAUUCGAUCGCUUUUUGGCCAUGAUACAAGUGUGCGACUUCUCGUUCAACACAUAUCUAGUCAACCAAAGCUUCGAUGAUAAUCUUGUGCACAUGCUACAAGAUAUGGCCAUCUCGUUUGAGGAAAUUUUUUUGAUGUGCAUUUGGCGCAACAAUUACGUCAACUGUAUGGAUCUGUUCAAACCGACAUUAACGGAGCGUGGCAUAUGCUAUACGUUUAAUGGACUCUCUGAAGAUGAUAUUCUGCGAACGGAAGAGUAUCACCGAGAUUUUCAACAUAUGGGUGAAAACCGAUCAUCCGCGAACUGGUCAAUAGAGCAAGGAUAUCGAGCAAAUCUCGGGUUGGAUGUGUAUCCGAGGAGAGUUGUCAGCGCGGGUUCUGAUGCGGGACUAGUGGUGCUCCUGAAAUCGGACGUAGAAGAUAUGGACUUUCUUUGUGGAAAUUCGUUUCAGGGCUUUCAGACGCAGAUACACACACCGCACCAGUGUCCCCAGAUCUCGACCCAAAGCAUCAGAGUGCCGAUGGAACAUGCUCUUACCAUUCGCAUAGACCCGUUUCUAGUCACCACGUCGGAAAAUGUGAUAUCUUACAGCCCCCAGAAACGCCUUUGCUACUUCACUCACGAACGAUACCUGCGCUUCUUCCGGGUCUACACCAAGCGUAACUGUGAGUUGGAAUGUUUGGCAAACUUUACGCUUCAUAUGUGCGGCUGCAUUCAGUUCUCGAUGCCACGGGCGCCCGGCGUCCAUAUCUGUGGCAUCGAGAAGCUAGAAUGCUGUGAUAGGGCUGAAGCAAUUCUGCAGGAGCAAGGUUUGGGAUUGAUCGACAACUCGUCUCGAAUAUUGCUGCGAUCGUGCAACUGCUUACCAGGUUGCAUAUUUCUCGAGUACAAAACAGAAAUCUCACAGGCUCACUUCGACUGGCGGAGAUUAACCAGCACGAUUCAUCUGUUUGAGAAGGAAUUAAAUCACUCACAACUCUCUUCAAUGUCGGUCUACUACAAGGAAGCACAAUUUAUCUCGAUCAAACGCAAUCAGCUUUUUGGGCUGAAUGACUUUAUAGCCAACUGUGGUGGCAUUCUUGGUUUGUUCAUGGGUGUCAGCCUACUGAGCAUUGUUGAGAUACUGUACUACUUCACAAUGAAGCCGUUGAUUGCCCACUUCCUAAAACGGACCCGUAAGGAGAAUAAAAUAGCUACGGUAGAGCCGUACAUACCCGGAGGUACCUACAGUACAACUUUCAACAAGUUCCUGCGAGAUGUUGUCUAG